AUGGGAGCAGGUUCUCUCUACAUCCUGUUGCCUGUGCUCUUGGGCUACAUUCUGGUCUUCUAUCAUGCACUGAGCAUCUCCAGGAAGACCAAGAACAACAUCCCUAUACUCAAGCAUAGUCGCUUCCUCCCUGACUGGAUCAACCGCCGCAUCUUUUUCCUCAACGCACCCGCUCAGAUCCAGUAUGGCUACGACAAGUACAACAACAUGCCCUUCCUCGUUCUCAGACCAGACCAUGAUCUUCUUGUCCUGCCUGCACGUUAUCUGGCAGAGAUUCGCCAGAUUCCCUCUUCAAGGCUCAAUCUGAUUGAGGCCGAAUACAAUGUACGCCGCAUUCUCCCACGCACCAUGCAGGAACUCCAGCACGCCUUCGACGUCGAAGUGCCCCCCUGCAGCGACGGCUGGGUAUCCAUCAACCUGUACACCGUGAUCCUGCGUCUUGUCGCUCGCGUAGCCUCAAGCGUGGUCUUCAGCGACGAGACCUGCCGCAACGAAACAUGGAUCAACACCAUGAUCAGCUACUCCGACAACCUGGGUCCCACCAUCGUGUUUCUGCGCCCAACGCCCGACUUCCUGCGUCCCCUGGUCUCUCGCCUCAUCCCCAGCGUCAACCGUCUCAAGCAACAGCUCCGCUGGGUGCAAGAGGAGCUGAUCGUGCCCGCCGUCACGGCCCGUCGCGCAGCACAGGCUGCCAACCCGGACGGCCCGAAGCCCGACGAUUUCCUCCAGUGGAUGAUGGACGUCGCAGCGAACGACAUCGACCGUGACCCUCGCAACAUCGCCCAGUCGCUGCUCAUCGUCACCGCCGUCGGCAUGAUGCACACCAGCACCAUGCUGAUCACCCAUGCGCUGUACGAUAUUCUCUCCCACCCAGAAUGCUUCGACCCCCUCCGCCAGGAAAUCAAGGACACCCUCCCGCAGGGCUGGAUCAACGCGACUGUGGCGGCAUUUGCAGCGCAGGAGAAGCUCGAUAGCGUCUUGAGAGAGAGUCUGCGUCUCAAUCCCCCUGCUGAAGAGGAAAGUCUCGACGCAACGCAUCGCAAAGGAGAAGUUCACCUUCAGCGAUGGCUUCGCUAUCCCCGAUGA